GGACUGGACUGGUGCCUUACCUUGUACAUGCCAAGUGGAGCCUUCCCGAUCGGUACAAGAACGUAACCUUGUCACAACAGUAGAACCUCUUCCCAGCAAGACCUGACCACAUUCACCCCACCUCUCGCCAAACACCACCACCUAGAAUCCGCUUCGAAAUCCCGGCAUCACGGUCGCGCAUCUUUAUUAAUUCCAUCGACACCGACAUUAAGCCCGAAUAAAUCACCCGAGAUGGCUGGCGGUGGUAAAGGAAAGACAGGUGGCAAGACAGGAGGAAAGGGCGAUGCGCAAGUCAAGACUCCCAAGUCGCACUCCGCCAAAGCCGGCCUUCAAUUCCCUUGCGGUCGCAUAAAGCGCCAUCUCAGAAACCUCACGCGACAAAAGACGCGCAUCGGUGCCAAAGCCAGCAUCUACCUGACUGCCGUUCUCGAAUACUUGACCGCCGAAGUUCUCGAACUCGCAGGCAACGCUGCCAAGGACCUGAAGGUCAAGCGCAUCACGCCACGCCAUCUCCAGCUCGCCAUUAGAGGUGACGAGGAACUCGACACACUCAUCCGCGCUACCAUUGCCUUCGGAGGUGUUUUGCCGCACAUCAACCGCGCACUACUACUCAAGGUUGAGCAAAAGAAGAAGGGCGGUGCCGCAAAGGCUGGCGAGGUAUAGGUGGCUGGUUCUCUGGGCAGUACGCGCACGCGCUCUCACCGUGACAAGACAGACGGACCAUUUGGCAAGCCAACUAUGGCCUAACAAGCGGCCAAAUAUCUGUCACAUGUAUGGAUAAGCACGCUCUUUGUUUGGUUUUACUACACA